CCUGUGGUCUGUGACAUGUUUCAUAAUUAGAUAUUCGCUCUUUAAAAGAGUAUUCCAAGAUAGAGAGUUUGUAUCGACAUCAAGACAGUAACGUGUAGUAAGUAAAUACUCCAGUUUUGGAGAGAGAGGUGGUGGUGGUGUUUUAACUCUGAAGCAGUAACAGCCAUGGCGACUAGAUGUUUCGUGCUGUAUCUUCUAUCAUGCUUCUCUGUGGCUGUUUUGUCAGUUCUCUUCGUCAGAGCCCGCCAAAAUGACAGUCACACAUACCCACCUCAUCUUUCUUCUCUAAACUCCACUCUUCUGCAACAUUCUUUUGGAUCUGACCAAUCAACAGUUUGGCCUGACUUGAAGUUUAGUUGGAGAAUUGUAGUGGCAACUCUGAUAGGGUUCUUCGGCUCAGCCUUUGGAACGGUGGGUGGAGUGGGUGGGGGAGGAAUUUUUGUACCAAUGCUUACUUUGAUUGUUGGAUUUGAUACCAAGUCUGCCGCUGCCCUUUCCAAAUGCAUGAUAAUGGGGGCUUCAGCAUCAUCAGUUUGGUACAAUUUAAGGGUGCCCCAUCCGUGCAGAGAAGUGCCCAUCUUAGACUAUGAUCUGGCCCUCUUGUUCCAGCCUAUGCUCAUGCUUGGCAUCACCAUUGGUGUGGCUCUCAGUGUCGUCUUCCCCUAUUGGCUAAUCACUGUCCUCACCAUAAUUCUGUUCAUGGGGACAUCAUCAAGGUCCUUUUUUAAGGCCAUCCAGAUGUGGAAGGAGGAGACUAUUUUAAAGAAAGAAUUGGUGAGGCAAGAGCAAACUACUUAUAACUCUCAUGGUGAACUUCUAAUUGAUACAGAGUAUGAUCCAUUGGUUCCUAGAGAGGAGAAAACAGGAAUGCAAAUUUUUUGUUCCAACCUAAAGUGGAGAAGGAUUCUGGUGCUAAUACUUGUAUGGGCUUCUUUUCUACUACUUCAAAUCAUCAAGAAUGAUGUGGCGGUUUGUAGUGUGUGGUAUUGGGUGCUGAGCUGCUUACAGUUCCCUGUAGCAAUAGGAGUGUUUGGAUAUGAAUGUGUUAAAUUGUAUAAAGCAAGCAAGAAGAGGAGGAACACAAGGAACACAGAAUCAGUUUGUGAGGCAAAUAUUGAAUGGACUCCAGUGAACCUAGCCUUCUGUGCACUAUGUGGGAUCUUGGGGGGCACUGUUGGGGGCCUACUGGGUUCUGGUGGUGGGUUCAUUCUUGGGCCUCUUCUGCUCGAAAUCGGAGUCAUCCCCCAGGUUGCUAGUGCGACAGCAACGUUUGUGAUGUUGUUCUCGUCAUCCUUGUCUGUGGUGGAGUUCUACCUCCUCAAAAGAUUCCCCAUUCCUUAUGCGUUGUACCUCAUGAGUGUCUCUCUUUUGGCUGGUUUCUGGGGACAAUUCUUCAUCAGAAAACUCAUUGCAAUUCUAAAGAGAGCUUCACUUAUUGUGUUCAUCCUCUCCGCUGUCAUAUUUGCCAGUGCUCUAAUAAUGGGGGCUGUUGGAAUUGAGACAACCAUCCGAAUGAUAGACAAUCAUGAAUUUAUGGGAUUUUUAGGAUUUUGCAGAAGUCAAUGAAGUCUGGAUUCGAAGACACCAUUGAAGGUUACAAAAGUGGAACAAACAUAAAACAGACAACAAUAUCAUAGAGAAAUGGAGUUUGUAUAGGCAGGGUGUUGUUGGCCAAUGCCCGAUUGACCAACACACCAAUGCCAUGAAAUAAAAUGAAGUUUCAUUGCGUCGAAGGGAAUUAUUAGCUGCAUCGAGUGUUAACUACUCGUUAACACUGCUAAUGCGGCAUUCGUUUUUUGUUGUUGAUUUUACCAUUGAUUGUUCUCAUGUAUCUAGGAUUUGUUCAAGAUUCUUAAUAAAACAGAGAGAUCUGAAUUAUUUCUUCA